AUGAAAACUGAAAUGGUUAUUGGUGAUCGCAGAAUGUUGCGAUUGAAAAUCGAAGUGUUGGUUCUGAUGAAAUGCCAUGAACAACCCGAUCCCAACAACAAACAACACUUUGUUGCUUUCGUUGACAGAGGGAAGACGGCCAAGUUCAAAUUCCUUGUCAUGGGCCUUGUAUGGAAGUCUUUGGAAGAUAUUCGAAGAGAUAUACUCGGACACAAUUAUAGCAGAUCAACUGUUGUACAAUGCAGUAUACAGACAUUGAUCGCUGUACGAGAUCUCCAUGGCAUAGGUUAUUUACAUAGGAAAGUCUUAGUUCUCUGGGAUAUAAAACCUCAAAACUAUGCAGCGGGCCUUGGGGAACAUCAGAGUACCAUAUACAUGUUGGAUUUUGGUAUCGCUCGAAAAUAUACUAUUGGAGAAACGAAAGAACUCAAGUUACCUAGAGCUAAAGUGAGCUUCCUGGGCACUGUGCGAUUCGCCUCACGAGCAUGUCAUAAACAGAUUGAACAAGGGCGGAAGGAUGACUUGGAGUCUUGGAUCUUCAUGGUAUUUGAGUUAUUCGAUGACGCUUAUGGUUUACCGUGGAAGAGAGCGGAUCGUACAAAAGUUGUUCCACUGAAGGAGAAGUUUUUCAAGAAUCAAAGUGCGAUUUCAAAAAAGCAAACUUUUCUCUCUAUCAUUACAAAUGUGUUUUCAGUUCCGAGAUGUUACAAAGUGGUUCCAGCUGACUUUAAACGAAUUGUUGAGUACAUCGACGGAAUGAAGUUCGCUGAUGAGCCCGAUUAUGUGUCAGUCUUUUCCACUUGCUAUGACUUACCUGAGACUUCCGCACGGUCUGUUAAGGAAUUCAAAGGCCCCUUUCUCUGGUAUCUAGCUGGUAUUGGUAUAGCUAAAAACUAUGAAGGGAGUGGUCUUCGCGUUAGGUACAUCAGGCGCCAGGUACCAUAG